CUUCCCGACCCUGCUGCGCCCGAAAGAAAAAAAGAAAGGGGAACCCGGCACCAGCCUUUGAGAAACCGGUGAGAUAAGCUUGGUUUUGGCCUUCUUUUCUUGUUCUAGGACUGAAAUUGGAACCCAGAAAUUCUCCCCCCUGCUGGAAAAUCCGGAUCUGCUCUGUUCUUCCUUCCUCACCGCCGGCUGCUCCUGCUUUGUGGGGGCGAAUUGCUUUGAUUUUGGGAUUUCUUCUUCCAUGCCGUCGACUCUUCCCCAACUGCAGCUCCGGUUUUAGCUGGAGAAUUCUGGUAUGUGGCAGCCCUCCAAGCCCCCGAAUUUGUCCAUUUAUCUGCUUUCAAUUGCUGCCCUAUUUACUGUUCACGGUACUGUUCACAGAUCACUGGUCACACACCGAGGGUCAACAAUUAACGGGGAUUUAAAUGAUUAGUUUGUGAUAGAAGAACUAAUUUGGAGAUAUUUGAUUAUGUAGAGAUUGAUAGAAAUAGUAUCGUGAUUAAUGGUAGUUUUAAUGAUAAUUUCAGUGUGAAUUUGUGAUAGUACGGAAUUAAUUCUUGAAUAUUUGAUUAGGUUCUUGAUCCUUGGGGUGCUUUAGUACGUGAAUUGAGAGUUUGGUUUUAUGUGAGUGAGGUAAGUAAAUUUAUGGUAAUGCCCGUACUGUUUUUAAAAGCAUGUUUUGAUUUGUUUUUGAAGUGAUGGUGGGACUAAACCCGUUUUACACAAGUAUGACUGAUUUGAAGUGAAAUUUUAUGCUUUUCAUUAAAUUGAGCAUGCCUACUUGGAAUUUAAUUGAUUGUCCUGAUGAUCUGAAAGUGAUUGGUGAAUUAUGUUUUUCUGUUAACUUCAGCCUGUUUUGUCUCCGAUGUGGUCAUGUUUCUGUAAUCCUACUAGUGGGGGUUAAACGCUAGCACAUGUCGGCACAUGUCGAUAUGUUAUUAAUAGAACUGGUUCGUUUCUGUAACCCUGCUAGUGGGGGUUAUACACUAGUAAUUUCUGUAGCCUGCUAGUGAGAGGUUUAUGACACUGGCCGUGACCUAUAGAGGAGACGUCUAUUUCAUUCCCGUAUUGUAUCCGUUUUUCGUGACUGUACUUGUUGGCAUGCUAUAAGUUUAAUAAGGGCACUCCAUAUUUUACUUACGAGUUUAUCUCAUAGUUUUUUCUUGUCCACCAUUUCAGGAACCGAAACCGAGGACGGGAAAAUCACAGGAAGUGACGAGUUAGAAGACUAGCCAUUGUAAUUGGAUAUGAAAUUUUAGAGAUAAAUCAUAAUCUUGUAAGCUAGAGUGUAUUUGGAGAUUUAUGAUAUUAGAGUGAAUUAUAAAAUUUGAUCUUCAGA